UCAAGAUGCCACCGAAGCAGGAUAAGUUCGCUGUGAAGAAUGCGACGGCCAAUCCCCAGCAGAUUACAGCUGAACAGAUCCUGAGGGAGGCAGUCGAACGGAUGGGGGAUGAGCGGCCCGGGCCAUCUCGUAAGAUUGCCAGUAAGGAGGAACUUGCUGAUUAUAAGGUGAGCAAACGGAAGGAGUUUGAGGACACCUUACGUAAACAACGACAUCAUAUGGGCACCUGGAUUAAAUAUGCUCAAUGGGAAGAGUCCCAAGAGGAGUUCAGAAGGGCCCGCUCAGUCUUCGAGAGAGCACUGCAGAUCGACUAUCGUAAUUCGUCCCUGUGGCUGAAGUAUAUCGAGAUGGAAAUGAAACACAAGUUUGUGGCCCAUGCGAGGAACUUAUUCGAUCGAGUCACGAGCCUUCUACCUCGUCAUGAUCAGUUCUGGUAUAAGUAUGCCUAUAUGGAGGAGCUUCUAAUGGACUAUGCUGCGGCUCGGAAAGUGUAUGAGAGAUGGAUGCAAUGGCAACCUAGCGAUAAUGCAUGGCUACAAUAUAUCAAGUUCGAGCUUAGAUGCCAUGAGGUUGAACGGGCCAGAGCCAUAUAUGAAAGAUACGUAUCUCAAAUCCAGACAGUGAUGUCUUUUACACGGUUGGCCAAGUUCGAGGAAAGACAUGGGAAUAAUGUUCGGGCACGAGCUGGCUACCAGACAUGUCAUGACACUUUGAAAGAUGAUUUGGGACCGGAGGGGAUCACUGAAGAUCUAUACGUGAAGUGGGCAGAGUUCGAGCAACGAGCUGCGAGGGAUGAUCCCUCAGCGGCGGCGAAGGUCUAUAAGCUUGGUAUAGACACUUUACCUCCUGAAAGGACUGCUUAUCUACGCGAUAGAUACGCCAAGUACAUGAAACAGAAAGGUACGCGAACGGAUAUCGAAAGGCUCCUUCUGGAGAAGUGUAGACUGAAAUAUGAGAAGCAACUCUCUGACUCUGAUGGAGUUGAUGUGGAUAUCUGGAUCAACUAUAUCCUUCUCGAAGAAAAUAUUGGAGACUCCGCAGCCCAAUGCCGAGAAGUAUACGAGAGAGCCAUCGCUGCAGCUCUACCACCCGAACAAGCGGCACCCAAGGGACGGAAAGAUCUUUACAGGCGAUAUGUGUAUAUAUGGCUCUUCUAUGCUAAUUACGAGGAGUCCCUCAUCCAAUCCGGGGAAUCGACACUGAUAGGAUAUCACACAGCCCUCGGGCUCUUUCGCUCGCGGAAGAUAUACUUCAGCAAACUUUACAAUGCUUACGCGGAGUUCGAGAUCCGCCAGAUGGAUGUUGGACGGGCUAGGCUUGUGUAUGGUCGUGCAAUCGGCGAAUCGAAGAAGGCUUCUGUGUUCCGUUCCUACAUUCAAUUUGAGUUCAACCUCGGGCAAGUGGAUCGAGCCCGCAGGAUCUGUGCGAGUUACGUAUCGGCGCAUUCGCUGGAAGCUGCGUCUUGGGUAUGCUGGAUGGAUAUGGAGAUGAAGCUCUCUGAGGUCAAUAGAGCUCGCAAGCUUGGAGAGAUGGCCAUUAGGGUACUUGGCGUCGACGAGAUUAUGAACGAGCCGGAGCUGAUUUGGAAGAAAUGUAUCGACAUAGAAAUAGAGCAAGGAGAGAUGGAGAAUGCACGCGAUUUAUUCGAACGAUUACUGGAUCGCACCACCCACGUCAAGGUUUGGCGUUCGUAUGCUGAUUUCGAACUGAAGCACGGAGACCAGUCCUUCGAGAAGGCGAAGGAAGUCCUCGAACGGGGUAUCGCCGAGGCCAAGAAGGAAGAGGAUUCUGAGUCCCGCAGGUUGCUGCUCGAGUAUAUGCUUAAGCUAGCGAAGGAAGCUAAAUAUGACGAUAUUGCAAACAUCGAGAGUCGACAACCCAAGGCUGUGAAGCACAAGGGGCGUGUUGACCAGAGUCACGGUGGUGGAGAGCCCGGUGCAGAAGAUACGGUAAUGGUUACUGUAUGGGAGUUCCCGGAUGAUGAGAAGGCUGGGGAUGCUGCGAAGAAACCCAAGAUUAAAUUGUUGGAGGCAGCCAAAAUGUUCAAGAAGAUGCGCCUGUCAGAGCAAUCGGGUGGAAGCAGUCAUCUGUAA